UCCCAGUCAGAGCAGCUGAAUUCCGCCGCUGGAAAUGCUCGCAUCAAGGAGGAAGUUGGACACGUGCGCGGUCUCGUGUGUGAGAGUCAGAAGGCCCUCUCCUCUAUAGUGAAAGCAGUUUCGCAACUGCAGGAGCAGGUGGCGAUGCUGAACGAUAAUAUGGAGCAGUGGGUUAGGGCACAGUUAAGCGGACCCAAUAAGCGCACAUUCCUCCUCGAGGAACGGAGGACGGGUUCAUCUAAAGUUCGUGAUCGGGCCUCGCGAACGCGCAAACUGGUCAACAGACAUGAUAAAGAAAAUAAUCUCAAUCCCUACGUAUGA